AUGUAUGAAGAUUCUUGGUAUAGUUUCGUUCCGGAAACUUCAAAGACAGAAGAUGCUCCCUCACAUGGUCCGAAACAUAACCGACGGGAAUCUCUUCUGAGACAAACAAACGGCACUGAAUCAUCCGGUGGGCUUCUUGAACCCAUCGAAGAUUUGCCGAUUUUCCAUGCUCCCCCCCAAGCGACGGUCGCUAGGAGAGCUAAGUCAUACAGUGACUUUUAUGAUGCCGCAACUCAGUAUUUGAAGAGGCCCGAGAAAACGGUCUCACUGGACUCUCCCGGACUUUUAGUGGAUACACCACAAUCCUCCUUUGAACAAGGUUACUUGUUUGAGGACUGUGAAGAUGAACUUCUUGACGCAAGUCACGAAGAGUACCAACUGUAUCGAGAUCAAUUGGUUUUAUCUGAGCGCCAUCUAGACACUUUACUAAACGAUACAACUUCCGCGCUAGAUUUACUGGCCACUCUCUCAGAGUCAUUCAAAGCCGUUGAGUCAGAAACAACUGCAUUUCAGAGCCAGUGUGAAGACCUCCUGGGCGAGCAAAAGCGCCUUCGUGACUUAGCGGAUGAGAUUGGAACAGAGUUACAAUAUUAUGCAUACUUAGAGCCUCUUACCCGGCGCCUUAACAAUCCUGGAGCAACUAGGCUCAUAAGAGGAGAUGACUUCUUGGACAUGCUCAUCAACCUCAACACAUGUAUAGAUUUUAUGGACCGACAUCCUGGCUAUCGAGACUCAAGUGUCUACAAAACUCGAUACGUGUCAUUGCUUGAGAGAGCCUUAAAUCUUGUGCAGAUAGCAGUAUCUUCCUCCUUGCGAGAAGUGUCAAUUGAAAGUGCCAAGCAACUCCAGAUCAAGGACAAUACAGAUACAGCCGAGUACAUAUUACUUUAUGGUAAGUACGAAACCAUUGUCAACAGCCUCGGCUCUCCGGUUGAGAAGCUGUUGACAACUGGGGACUUUGCUUUUGAAGGUCAAAAGGCUGCUUACGCGACCCAAUGGCGAGACUUCUAUAACCAAUUGGUGGACAACUAUAUUAAGAGUCGUGAGCCGGUCGGCGCUCUUGUAGCAAAGAAGCUUUCCAAAUUUGCUGCUGAGACGAGUCCUCAGAAGGACUUCAAAGGUCUGGCUAGAAGAUGUGUACAAUAUAUCUUUGAGGUGUGCCACAACGAGCUUACGCUUGCGGAGACCUUUUUCCAAGAUGGUGACCACUGGAAUAAAGAUAGCGAGCUGGCCGAAAAGAUUGAGCAAAAUAGAUUUUCGCAUCUGUUGACUUUACACAACUUCCUCGUACCUCAUUUGCGCGAUGGAGAUCUAUCGCUUGCUUGCAAUCUCAUUGGUUGGUUAGAAGCGACUUACUUGAUGUCUAAUGAAGACGAAGAUUACAAUAUCGACAGAAAGCGAGAUUCUCAGAGACUAACGGCCCAUGUGCUGCUUGAAAAACAUCUAUGGCCACUUUCUGAUGGCCUGUUUUUAAAAGCAGCCAAAGAAAUGGAAAUUUUCAAACCAACAUCGCAAGAUCUCCAAGUUACUGGGAAUCAAGCCGCUCGACGGGCGAACAAAGGGAAGGCGCCUGAGCUUACAGAAACCCCAGAAAGCGAGCUUCAGAAUGGUGAUGAAGGUCACAGUUUCGCGACACCAGGUAUGGAAAAUGCAUUUCCAACAGUUAAAACAGCAGUCAAAUUACUCGUCAUGUAUAAUGAUAGAGUUUACGACCGUCCGAGGACUGGAGAUGUUCUCUAUGAAAUUGUUCAUCAAGCAACCGAGUCUCUCCAGAAAGCGGCUACUGUCAUCAAAAGGACAACGACGAUGAUGGACGCACAAAUGUUUCUUAUCAAAAACCUCAUGCUUAUAGAAAAUCUCUUCAUGACUCACGAGAUUCCCGACUCAAUCCGCUCAUCAUCUGAGUACGACUUUUCCCCAAUCUGGGAGACCAUAAGAGAACUACAGGAGAACAAGCAAUUGUUCAAUCCCCUCGCUUACUUCACUCCAUUGCUGAAAGGCAAGUUACUCCCGGCUGUCAAGGAUCAUCUUUUGGAUGCUAGAAAGGAGCUAGAGAGGGUACUGGUGCAACAGAUUACUGCCUUCACAAAGUAUUGGCAAGGAAGGAUCAAGGAGGGAAGGAAGAAAGGAGUGAGUGCGAAGACUGAGAUCGAGCUUGAUGAGCUGCUGAGCAAAGUCUUUGAGGAUGAGACUACAAGAGCCGCCUUAUGGAAGAUGAUUAGAGCCGAUGAGACUUAG